AUGAGAGUGAAAGAAUAAUAAAUUAAAUAAAAUAAUUAUUUUUAUUCUUAAUUUAAUAUAUUGCUUGAUAUUUUAAAGAUAAAUAUUAACUUAUUUAUUGGAAAAGAAUUAAAUUGUAAUGAUAAUUUAAUUAAUUUUAUUGAUAUUAAAGAUAUAGAUUUUGUAUAGAUUGUAAAUAAUACUAAAUAUUUUAUUAUACAAUUAAUAGAAUUAACUUUAGUGAUCUGCCAAUAAUUCAAAGGGAAGAUUCAAAAUAUAACUCGAAUUUAGGGAAAUCAAUAUUUGUGUUGUGGUGUGAGACAAGCUCAGAAAUAGUCUGUUGUUUGGAUAAUAAAUAACAAAAUAAGCCUCCACCGAAAGCAGAUAAACCAUUAAUUCUAAAGACAGAUUCUCCAGUAAAUUAUUAUUAUCUAUUUAAAUAGAAGAACAAGGUUCCUAAAAAGACUCCGAAUAUUGAUCCAUAUUUUAUGCAAUUAAAUUGUGAUUAUUUUAUGCGAUUUCUUGUUUAUAGAACAAAAACUUCUAGUUCGAGCAUAGUUGAAAAUCUAACUUAUUCAUUAGUAAUUUUAUAUCUCACAUUGUUUUUCAAAAACCAAUCGUUACAUUUGCCCAAACAUUCUUGUUCUAAAAUAAAUAUCUAUUAUAGUUAUUAUUAAUACUAGUAAUUGCUACUUAAUAAUUAACCUGAGGGAAUAUGAGCGAAAGCAUUUUAACUUUGCUAAGCUCCAUUAUUAUUUUCUUAUUGCUAUUAGAAUUAUUGCUGCUAUGGAUUUUAGUAAGCUCUAACAGAGUUAUUUUAUUAUUGAGGAAUCAUUUAAUUGUUAUUGUAAUUGCUAUUUAUUUAAUGCAUUUACUAAAUAUUUUUUUCUAUUACUGCUAAGCUAUUGUGAAAAGUAUCCUUCCUUAGUUACUUUCUUAGUGGUGUUUUUUAAGCAAAUAAAUAAUUAACAAAUUUUUCUUACAAUGAUAAUACUUAUUUACUAAUUUAUGUAUCAAAUAUAAACAAAGAAAUUUCUAAUUAAUAGAGCCAAACAAAUUUCAAAAAUCAGUAAAUAGUAAACAAGUAAGAACUACUCAAUUUAGAUAAGUUUAUUUUAAGACAUCCUUUGUUAAAACUCCAAAUUAAUGAAAUUAUUUUUUUCUACUUUAAAUUAAAAAUUUAAUUUUAAAUAUUCUAAUAAGUUAUAAGUAUCUAUUUAGUAGAUUAAUUUAUAUUUAUUUUUAAUUAUUAAAUGA